UCACUGUCUUCUCUGGAAAAGCUGUUCUUGGAGACAGUGCUUUCUAGCCCGUCCUCUGCAUCCCCCCUGUGUGGGCCCCCCUCCCUCAUAUGGUGUGUACGUGCGGAAUGCGAUAGCCAUGGUGGAGGCUGCUUGGCUGCGUCACUGCUGAUGACGUCGCGGAGAGCUGUGGAUUGUCGACUGAUAAAAUCAUGAAGGCAAACAACUAAUGUUCAGUGUUUUUGUUUUAUGAAGAGGAAGCUGACAUACACGGAUUGUCGCUAUUCGAAAAUCUUUGCUUUGUACAAUAGGACGAGGAUGCCCGGCGAGGAGAAGGAGAGGAGUGCCCUGCGGCAAUGCACUCAGGCCCGGGGCCAGCUGGAGGAAGCCAUCGCAGAGGUCACCAGAGCAGAGGCCCAGCUCAGAGACAACUCCAGAGAGGUGAAGACUCAGCUGCACACCUGUAUCAGCCGGCACCUGGAGUUCCUGCGCUCUCGAGAGGUGUGGCUCAGGGAGCAGAUCGACCUGGUGGAGCAGCUCAAGGCAGAGGCACUACAGCAGCAGUUGCAACAGCUCUAUUGGCUCCGGGGCCAGUUUGACACCCUGAUCCACCAGCUGGAGAGCUCCCCCAGCAACCACGAUAUGGCCAACCAACUCACCAGCUGCCUGGAGAAGUUGUCUUCCCUGAGCCUGAGUCCAGAGGAGACCCCUGACAUGAGUUUUCAGGCAGACGCCCGAUCCCUGCGUCAGGCCAUCACAUCCUUCGGGACCAUCAACACACAGAAGGAGGCCUGUGUUAUCUCUACUCCCCCCACUUCAAGGGCCAGCUCCUACGAGAGGCCUUGGCUGCAACAGAACUGCCCUGUGGCCACGAAGAAGCAGAAGAUGGAGGUUGAGCGCAGCACUCCUCUAGCUGACUGGCUCCUGGGAAACAAGCCAGUGACAAAGGCUCCCAUCGGAUUCCAGUUCAGCAAGAACACCCAGGAUUGGUUGGUUUCCCCCAAAGAGCAGCCCCAGCAGCAGCAGCCUAGCCGCCCGCUGAGCACCUUCGACUUCCAGAAAGCUUGGGGCCAGCUGAAGGACCUGGAGGCGUGGCUUAUCCGCGAGAAGACACCAAUGAGGGAGCGCGCCAGCAGCACCUGCAGCACCGCCUCCACCUUCUCCAUCGAGAAGAUCGACGAGUCCGACUUCCAGCUGACCGGCGACGAGGACGAAGAUGACAUCACCGCCACUACCACCACCACCACCAAUCAGACCAAAGCCAGCCAGGAAGGACCCGCCUCAAGCACUGGCGAGGAGCUUGCCGAUUGGCUGAUCAUGUCCGCUCCCAUGGAGAUGGAUGCUGCUACUGGUGGAGUUGAGCUCUGGAAGUCGAUCCUCAAGCCAUUCCAGGAAGGCUAUUCGGCCAGCGAAUGGCUGCCCGGCUCUGGCCCGGCUGUCGUUUCCAUGCCGGCUGCCUCCCCUUCCUCCCCUUCCUCCGACUGUGAUUCUUGCUGUGGCGGCGCUGGCAAGAGUGCCCCCAGCUUCGAGAUUGAGAACCUGGGCAAGCUCAAGUGCCUGAAGACCCCGCCCUCCUCCGGCAACAACACUCCCUCCUCCCCGGUAGGCGUGGCGACCAACCCGGCGGUUGCGGCUGUGGAGCUGUGGCUGCAGCGAGCCUCCAGUGCGCAGGUGGAGCAGGUGUGUCGCGCCAACGAGUCCUGCGGCAGCUUCGCGCAGUGCGUGUGCGAUGACAACUGCGGCAAGGGCGCGCUCAGCGCAUGGCUGCUCAAGAAGGAAGGACGCGACAAGAACGGCGUUCCCAAAGAGAAGACCGACGCCAACUCUGACUCCUCCGCUCCCGCCAAAGCCCAGCUGUACGCCUUCCUCUACCCCCGGGCUGCCACGGCGACUAGUGACCCAGCUUCGUCCCUUUCUGACUGGGUGUGCCCCCGCGGAGCCUCCCCUGCCCCCUCCAACGCCUCCAGCCAGCUGGAGAAGGCCAGCCGCGAGGAGCGCAGCAGCUCGCUCCUGGAGAAGGCUCUGGCCGACACUGACCCGGCCUCGUCUCUCUCUAACUGGGUGUGCCAGCGCGGAGACUCCCCUGCCUCCAGCCAGCUGGAGAAAGCCAGCCGCGAGGAGCGCAGCAGAUCUCUCCUGGAGAAACCUCUUGGUGAUGAUAAGGAGACGCAGAGCCCCUUCCAGACGCCCCUGAAGCCGGACGCCUGGGUGCUGCCGCAGAAGACACCCCGAACCCCUUCUGCUACCCCCUCGCUCACCCCCUCGAUCACAUCCACCCCCACACACAAGCCCUCGGCCCCCGCCACACAGACGCAGGAGACCCCCAGCAGCAUAGACGCACAGGAAGACAAGUGGCUGCUACGCAAGAGGGCCCAGGCACAGGAGCGGAUGGCCUUACCCACAGUAUGUGAUCUAUUCUCGUGUAUGAAGCUUAACGGAGACAAGGAGAAAUGGCUUCACAAGACCACUAUACAGAUGUGAAGAUGCUGUUAGCCUCUGAGAUUAUUUUUUUUUUAAUUCUUCAAUUCCUCCAUUGAUCUUCGGAGGAGCCGCUGUUGGCCUAAUCGCACAGACGCAACAAUAUGCCAUCUUCUUUGCACCCCGCACUGCACCGCCCCCUACUCUGCCCAUCCUCUGCUGAUGUGUGUUUGGGAGUAGAGGACACGGGGAUGGGGGGGGGUCCUCCUGCUUCACCCCUUCUCCACCUUGGCUCGCUCUGCCCAAGAGACCCUCCAAUCUCGCGCCAUGAUUGGCCACAGAGUCUGAGAAUCAAUUGCUAGAUCGAUCAAUUGAUGGUCCAUGAUGUGAUUGAACUGGAAACAGGCCUGCUGGACCAUGUGAAAAAUCUGCCUCUCUUCUAUUCUCUUUGCCUCCUAGUGUGUUUAUCACUCUCAACUUGUUCUAUCUAAUUUUACUUUAUUUUCAUUUCUUCAUAGUUUGUAAUCUGAGGUGAGCGUUUAGUUUAAAGGCCCCUAACUGGCAGUCCGGAUGGAGAGCAAGUGUGCGUGUGUGUGUGUACGUAUGUGUCUGUGGGCAGACGUGGCCGAAACGCAUACAAGUACACGCAUAUCAUGUGCAUACAUACCUGGAGAAAAGGACCAGAACAGUGCUUAUGCCAGAAGCGAUCCCUUUUUAUUUUAGUUAAGCUAGAUCUGUCUAAAGGACAGACAAGAGUAGUGGGGGCUGGGUUUGAGGGUAAGAGAGAAGACGUUGGUUUAAGAAGAGUCAGCAAUGGAAUGAAAAUAUAUAUUUAUUUACGUCAAUAUAUUGAACGACAGUGAGGAGCUGUGCCACAAUCGCUUGUUUAACCCAUCCCUUUUCUGACUCUUGUUUUUAUUUUAAUUUUUAAUUGUUAAUUUUAUUUGUCAAAGCUAGGGCCAACCUUCAGUAUUGGCUUUUCCAUAGUGGGCAAGUGCCCCCUUUGAGUUUAUUCUCUGUGCUAUAAAACUGAUGCUUAUGAGCUGAAGUUGGCAUACGCUAUACGUACAUGUGCCAGCUAUAUCGCUAGUCUUUACAAACCACAGGGUUGUAUAGGAAUCACACUAGACCAUAUGUAUUGUAAUGCUACAGACACAUGUAGUCACAUACACUCUCAUGUCAUACUCACUUAGCCCACAACCUGGCUUUAAGCGCUCCCACAUAAUGUGCCUGUUGAGUGUUGAAUUGCUUCGAGUGAAUGGACUGUUGGAACGCAUGUUGUGUCUAGAAUGGAACCCAAUCAAAAACAAGUCCAUUCUGCAUGUUUGUUUUGUUGUUGCUUUCUUUGUCUGAAGUGUGAGUGUGAGUGAGUGUUGGGGUUUUUUUUAAUGCCCAUGCUUAAUUUCUUUUUUUUUUCAGCCACAUGGCUAUACCAUAUUUGUAAUCCCAGUGGGGCCAACCAACUCUCACAUAAUCUAGUACUUAUCAAAUUGAAAAAAUAUUAUAUAUCAUAUAUAUUAACCACUGAUGCGUCUAUGUGUUACCUCUCCAGUAGACCCCUAUGAUAUGUGUCCGUAGAUACUGAACGUGAUCUAGCACAUUGUUGUCAGCAGCACCUCUUUACACUGUCAGAUACUGGAGGGCUUUGGGAAGCAAAUCUCCUCACACCUGAUGCACAGCCAUGUCCUCAGCCUUUGAGCCUGGGAGUUAAUGUUUGAUUAGAACAUAGACUUGGUAACCCGUGGAGAUUGGAAUGGCCAGGUGUUCUAACCUGGCUAUCAUGAGGCCUGCUCCCCCUGUCCUAAGCAUGGGCACUCGGGUGCAUCAUGUGUGGAUACCUGUGGACGGGUAUGGUUACCUUUAUAGGUGACCCCCAAGCUAUCUCUGGUCUGGAGUGUGGCUCUGAACGUAUCUUCUGUGGUGCUCCACCUCAUACACCUUUCUGCUGGCUUCUGUUCUGUUCACGUUCUAAAGAUGUCUACAUUUCUGUUGGUUCCCGCUUUACACCCUUCACUGCUGUCACACCUGUGUCCUCUCUGACUCUUAAUAAAAACCCACAAACUGAA